AUGUCGGGGCAGGACGCCGCCAAGGGGCAGGAGCUCGCGAAGGCGGGGGACGCGGCCGCCGGCCCCGUGGCAGUGGCGGUAACGUACAUCUGCGGGAACUGCGGGGUGGACGUGGAGCUCAAGCUGAAGGACGCGGUCCGGUGCAAGGAGUGCGGGUACCGGAUCCUGUUCAAGAAACGCGCCAGGAAACCCAUGCAGUACCAGGCGGUGUGA